AUGAGUUCCCUAAAGCUACAGAAGAGGCUGGCAGCCUCUGUUAUGCGAUGUGGUAAAAAGAAGGUGUGGCUGGAUCCAAAUGAGAUCAAUGAAAUUGCAAACACCAACUCCCGACAGAACAUCCGUAAGAUGAUCAAGGAUGGUCUUGUCAUUAAGAAACCAGUAGCAGUGCACUCGCGUGCCCGUGUACGUAAGAACACAGAGGCUCGCAGAAAAGGUCGUCAUUGCGGUUUUGGUAAGAGAAGAGGUACCGCAAAUGCGCGUAUGCCACAAAAAGAACUAUGGGUACAAAGGCAACGGGUCCUACGUAAGCUGCUUCUUAAGUACAGGACAGCAAAAAAGAUUGAUAGGCACUUGUACCACGCUUUGUACAUGAAGGCGAAGGGUAAUGUUUUCAAGAACAAGCGUGUCCUAAUGGAGUACAUCCACAGAAAGAAGGCUGAAAAGGCUAGGACCAAAAUGUUGAGUGACCAGGCUGAAGCCCGUCGUAACAAGGUGAAGGAAGCUCGUAAGCGACGUGAGGAGCGUAUUGCUGCUAAAAAAGAAGAGCUAUUACAGACCUUCGCGCGGGAAGAUGAAGCCGCUGUCACCGCGAAGAAGUGA